AUGGACGCAAGAAUCACCGGAGUGGAGGAGCGUUUGGGACGUGUGGAGGACAGCAUUGAGUCUUUACGUGACUUCAUUGGUUAUGAAAUUCAGAGGGCUUUGACGGCGGUUCAAGACAAUAUUACAGCGGUUCCCUCGCCGUUAGAUGAGUUCCGUUUAGCUGCGAAGAAGGUGGAAUUGCCGGCGUUUACCGGUGAUGAUCCAUUAUCAGAACUUGUGAGUGCUGAAGGUUAUAGUGAUUGGAUACACUUAGUAGCAGAGUUUACCUUAAAAUCUUUGCAGUCUUGGAAGUGGGCUGGCAGCAGUGUUUACUACCUUCUAAAUUUAUGGUCUAAAUCAGUGACAUCUGUGCGCUAUCUCAAGAGUGACAAACCUAACCUGCUAGAGGAAUAUGUCCCUAAAGUUAUAGAAUGUUUUGUGUCAUCGAGAUUUGAUUCAUUACAGUCUGAACUAUCUGAUGAACUCGGUGAAGACCCACUUGACAAUGUUGAAGUACUUCAAGAUCAGCUUGAAUUUUUUCCUUACCUAUGUAGAUUUCAGUAUGAAGGUUGCAGUUCAUACUUAAUGAAGAUAGUGGAGCCUAUCAUGCAAAGCUAUAUGAAGGAAGCAAAUCUCCAAAUCCCCAUGGAUAGUUAUGAACUUUCUAUAACAGAGUCCAAACUUGCUUGGUUCACACACAUAGUUGCUGCAAUACUCAAGACAAAGCAGAUGUCUGGUUUUAGUGGAGAAUCACAUGAGAUACUCGAUGCAGAGAUUUCAGCAUGUGUUCUGCAAUUGGUAAAUAUUUCUGACAGUGGGAUUCACAAUAAGGUAUAUGAAUAUUCAAGGAUAAAAUUUGGUGUAUCUUAUAAUAUUUGAAAUGCUGCAUGAUCUUUCCUGUGGCAUAUGUUUUUUUAGUCUUGCUACCCAGUGGGUUCUGGUUGAAGAAUAGAUGUAUAGAUUUUUUUUAAUAGUGUAGAAAUAUUUGCUGUGUUGAUUCAAUUGGUAACAGUUGAGAAGUAUAAGUUCAAUUGAAAUAACACAGGGAGAAAAAUCCCUUAAUCAAAGGAAUUAGAACCCUGAAGAAUAAAAAAAGGAAGGUAAAUCCACAGACCUAGAAUUUGAUUAAUCCUUACAUGAAGAAUAAAAAAGGAAGGUUAAGAGGGAAGGUAAAUCCCCGGACUUAGAAUUUGAUUAAUCCUUACAUUAACUCUAGGAUUUUAUCUUUGUAAUUUAUUUAAAGUCAUAAUAAAAUCCUGACAUUCUUAAUUUAUUCACGCUCCUCAAAUUGGUGCAAAGAUAUUGUAAGAAAAGUAGGGUAAUGCUGUUGUGUUUAUUCAUCAGCCUAAGGCUGGUUUAAAUAGAGAGACUACGAGAGUUCUCUUCCUUGAAUCAAGGAGCAAUUUUAGGAAACAAAAAUAAAACAUAUCAUAAGAUAAAAAUAAAAAGUUGCAUUAUUAAAAAAAGAGAGUCAAGGGUUCUUCAACACCCCUCCUCAAGUUGGUGUAUAGAUAGAUAUCUAUCAUGCCCUACUUGGUUAUCAAGUGUUCAAGGACGAGUCUGGUCAAGCUCUUGGUUAAGAUAUCUGCAAUGUGUUGACGUGAAGUCAUAAAAGGUAGACAUAUGAUUCAUGUAUCUAAUUCUCCUUUAUGAAAUGACAAUCAAUUUCAAUAUGUUUGGUUCUAUCAUGUUGAACUAGGUUGUGGGCUAUGCUAAUGGCGGCUUUACUGUCAGAAUAUAUUUCAAUGGAAGCUCAAUUUUCAUCUUAAGUUCUUCAAGGGCUCUGUAAUAGUCCUUCACAAAUUCCUUGAGCCAUUGCCCUAAACUUGGCUUCUGCACUACUUUUUGCUUCAUCUCCUUGUUUUUUGCUUCUCCAUGUCACAAGAUUAGGUACAAUAUCUAGAGGUCGAUAUUCUGUUCUAACUGAACUUUCCCAGUCUGCAUCCAUAAAGAUAGACAUUUCUUUUACAAGUCUUCUUAAAAAAUAGACUGCCUCAAGAUAUUCCUCAUAAGGAGAGUGCAUAAAUUGACUCACAAUAAUGACUGAGAAGGUGAUGUCAGGUCUAGUGUAAGACAAGUAAAUUAACUUACCAACCAAUCUUUGGUAUCUUUUGGUGUCAACAAGAACACCUCCUUCUCCCCAAAGUUUUGUAUUAGGAUCCAUGGGGUUUCAGCUGACAACCACUCGUUAUUGUUUCCUUCAAUAGACCUAGAAUGUAUUUUUGUUGUGAAACUAUAAUUCCGUUCUUCGAUCGAGCAACCUCCAUACAAGAACAUAUCUCAAGGAUCCUAAAUCCUUUAUUUCAAUGUCUUCAGUGAGUUUCUUUUUUAUUCUUCCCAUUUCAAUUGUAUCAUCUACAUUGAGGACAAUAUCAUAAACAUGGACAAUCGGGGCAGAAAAUUUCCCAUCAGGGGAGAAUUUGUGAAUAAAGUGUGGUCAAUUUGUCCUUGAAUGUAUCCUUAGCCACAUCCAAAGUCUGGUAAAAAUCAGAAACAUGAUGCUCAAUAUCUGAGGAUUGGUGAGAGGAUUUUCACCAUGCCUUAGAACAGAAAUUUGCUUCAUGACACCGCGGUAUCUAGCUAUUAUAUGAAAAAACUCAGUAUUUCUAUCGCCAUGCAUAUGCCAAUUCAACCUAGAUUUUUUGUACCAGUAUUCUUCCUCAAUUUUAAGAUUGCGAUGGAGCACCAAUUGUGCAUCUUUUUGUUGAAGAAUGAGAUUAUUGUUGAAGAAAGAUACAAUAUCUUGAUGUUGGGCUUCUGUCAGUAAUAGAGUCUGCUCAAUUCACAACUGUGUACACUUCAAAUCCUGUUUUUUCAGUUUUCCCAAAGAGUAGACCUUUUGCUGAUAUACCUUUUAGGCACCAAAUAAUCCUAUGAACAACCUCUAGAUUUUCUUCAUAUGAAGAAUGCAUGAAUUGACUCACCAUUGUAACAAUCAAGACAAUAUCUAGCAAGUGUAGUACAAAUAAAUAAGUUUCUCGACCAGCCAUUGGUAUCUUCGAUAAUCUACGGGAACACCUUUAAAAUCUCCAAGCUUGGUCUUGAUGUCUAUAGGAGUGUCUGGGUGCAGUUGAAAUCGGAGAGAAUUGUUAUAAAUAUAGUCUAGCCAUAUAGCUGAAAUAAUCAUUAGCAGCAGAGAAAUUCAUAGCAAGCAAUUGAACAAAGUAAGGUCUGUUCUUCUAAAAAACUGCAUUUAAAAGCUUCAAACCAAUAAUAUCAGAGACUCAAUAUUUAAACUUGAAUAUGCUUCAAGGAGAGAGAAUGCUUCAUGGAGAGAAAGACAAGAUCAGUACAUAUGGGACAAAGAUGGGGCCAGUCUAUCUAGGAAAAAUUGCCAAAAUAAAGUGAGUGACGAAAAUGAAAGACACCGUCAGAAUAACCAUCAAUAGAAGAAGAAGAUAUCACUAAUAUGAUUCAUAUGUAGGAAAAGGACACCACCAGAAGGAUUGUCGGUGGGAAUAGAAGCUACUCUUAUAAUCUAUUAGUAAGAACUAAAUUGCUUGACAAACACCGGAGAAGAAGCAAAGCCACUCAAACAAAAAAAGCCAUGAUCGAUCAACAGAGUGAGAAAGUGCGUCCAAAACAGGAGAGAUAACGGCUGUUUGAACGACGCAUAUUUUCAUUGAUCAAAAUUGGAAAGUAAAGGAAGAUCUGAAACCGUUAGAGAGAGAGUGACCAUGCCCCAAGAAAGUAAAAAGGAAGUCCAAAAUGUUAAUUACACCCAACAGAAUCAAAAAAAAUUUCACCCCAAUACUUGUUGGGUACCCUACAUCUGCUUUACUCUGUCCUUGCUAGUACAACAAAUGUGGUAGAUUUGACCCUAAAUUUGCAAAGAAGAAGGUCAAUGAAUACAAUGCGACAAAUCCUAUAUGGUGAUUCUUAAUAGACCAUACAAUAGGAAACAACAUCAACAAGGAGGAAAAUCUGUUUCCGUGUAACCCAAUCAUGAUCAUAAGGUCCAAUCUCAUCAAUUACAACCUGAGCAAUGUUAGCAACAAUCUGUAACAGAAUCACAAUCUGAUAGGAAUGGGCUGGGCCCCACAAGUGAUGAGGGGGAUCUCUUAGUAAAUAGAGAUGAGGUGGGGCCUAAGCAAUGGCAAGUAUAUGUGAGAAAGAAUAAGAAAGGGGAUGCAGAAAAAUAAUGAUUGCCUAGCUGGCAUAGGGAGUUAAUAUUCCACUAAUAAAUAGGAAUUAAUAUUCCACUAAUAAAGGGGAGUGUGUCCAGAGAUAGCUGGAUGGUUUUUAUUUCAUUUUUCAGUUACACCUUAGAGGUUGGGCAGUAAGAGAAUUGUUUUCUCUAACUGAGGAGCAUUAGCUCUGGAAUCAUUUUCUGUUUUCUUAUCAAUUAAUACAAUAAUUCUUUUCAUCUAAUUCAA